GGUGUUAGAACACAGAGCAAGUGGGACUGUUAAUGUGUGUCACACGGAAAAAGAGGAAGGGAGAACAUUUCUAAUGAAGUAUAAACACCUAAUUGGAGCUACAACGUAUUUUUAUCCAAAAAAGGAAUACUUUUAGAUUUAUGGGAGACCAGGAGAACAUUUGGAGCAGCCCAUAGAUCAUGGAGAAUGUGAGCACGUCUGCCUUGUUCAACCUAUCGGACCUACCAGUGGAGAUGAACUCGUCGUCUCACCAGUGGUCUUACUCGGAGUACAGCGAGGCCGAGGCAGUGCUGCUGGGCAUCAUCAUGGCCCUGCUGGUUUUGGGCAUCGUCUUUGGCAACGUGCUGGUCAUCACCGCCAUCGUGCGCUUCCAGCGGCUGCAGACGGUCACCAACAUGUUCAUCACCUCUCUGGCCUGUGCUGAUCUGGUCAUGGGCCUGCUGGUGGUGCCCUUCGGUGCCUGCUACAUCCUCCUCAACACCUGGCACUUUGGCAGCUUCCUGUGCGAGUUCUGGACGGCGGCAGACGUCUUGUGUGUGACGGCCAGCAUCGAGACGCUGUGUGUGAUCGCGCUGGACCGUUAUCUAGCCAUCACAUCGCCGCUGCGCUACCCGUCCCUGCUGACCAAGCACAAGGCGUGCGUGGUGGUUGUGACGGUGUGGGGCGUGGCCGCCCUAAUCUCCUUCCUGCCAAUCCACAUGAAAUGGUGGGUGUCUGACGAGCCCGAGGCGCUCAGCUGCCUGGAGAACGCCCACUGCUGUGACUUCAACACCAACGCAGCCUACGCCGUUGCCUCCUCAGUCGUCUCCUUCUACAUCCCACUGGCGGUCAUGGCCUUCGUCUACGGACGCGUCUUCCAGGAGGCCAGGAAGCAGCUGCAGAAGAUUCGUGGCAGCGAGGGACGGUUCCACGCCCAGAUUAUCAACAACAACAAGGGGCAGGAUGGUGCGGGAGGAGGAGGGGGGAACGGGAAGAGGCCAAAGUUCUGUCUGAAGGAACACAAAGCCCUGAAGACGUUGGGGAUCAUCAUGGGAACCUUUACUCUCUGCUGGCUGCCAUUCUUCGUGCUCAACGUGGCGGUGACCGUCUGGAAGGUGGACAACAUUAAAAUGCCUUUCAGGGUAUUGAACUGGAUAGGAUACGCCAACUCGGCGUUCAACCCCCUCAUAUACUGCAGGAGUCCUGAGUUCAGGUACGCCUUCCAGGAGAUUCUGUGCCUGAGAGGGACUGCUUUCCCCACUAAUGAAUACAUAUACAGAGGACACAGUUUGCAGGUUAGCCCUAAGGAUAAGCCAGGCAGCUCUAUACAUGAUACUGGGACCAUGGAGCUGAGAACUGGCUCUCGGUCUAGUGUCUCCAACACAAACAGGAAUUGCAAUAAACCUUCACUUGCCUCCAUUGUCUGAAUCGCAGGUUGUUACCAGUAGACUGGUCUUUCUCGUUUAGUCAGACCUGGUGAGCAGACAUGGGAUAGGAAAAGACAUGUGAAUCUAUUUCCAUACUUAAAUGUGUUACUGUAAGAAUAUUAUUCUAGUAAUGUGUAGGUUAUUAAAUGUUUCUUAUAUGUUUCGUCUUAAUAUUGAACUGAAAAAGACUUAGGAAGUAUUGUUUGUGGACGUGAUCAUGUGUACGUGUGGUUUGUAGACAUGAGUAUGUGCACAUGUCAUGUACUCUAGUGCUUGUGUCUGUGUGUAUUUCAACACCAGGGUUCAGGUACUAAGUUCAUGUCUCCAGUUUGGUUGCACAAAAAAAAAUAAUCUACCUCAUUAGCAUUGUUUUUGAUUCAUCUCCAUCUCAAAGAGCUUCAAGAACAAAUCAUUAUAAUCUGUUUGUAUGAAAAUGAAUAAUGUUGUCUGUCAGUUGAACUGGCUGUUCUUUGCUGGGAGUGGUCUGAAAGACAUGGAAAAGGCCAGGGUAGGAAAGGUCCAGUGAAUUAAGAGAUCAAAUAAGGGUUCUACAGUAACAUAUGUCCCUCCCACUUGUGCCUGUAGCCAGCCCUCUGUCUGUAACACAUUCCAUAUUGAUCUGGGUCUCUCCCAGGGGCUUCUGUCUGUCUGUGGGAUUCUGAACGCUCCCUCGGCCACGGCCCACAAAUCCGACUCUCUGACGAGUGACGGCAGGUGCAUAUCAUCACAGGCAGGCACUAUUACCAGCUGCACCGCACCAAAAAAAACAUUUAAACAAACGCUCACACUGCUCUGUCCCACUCCCUCCAGCCACCACCUUCAAUACCUCAACCUUCACCUUCUCUACAACACCAUUUAAUAAGUGUGGUUACAUACGCAUGUCCUGCCGCCCCUCAGACGGUGUGUAAGGACACACAGACAGACAAGCCUCAAUAACCCUUGCAAGCACGGUAUAGGUCAGAGCAGCAGUACCUUAAUGCUGGGUAGUAUGACCACCAUUGUAUGUCAUUCUGACACCAAUACCCAGCCAGUAAAUUUAGACUGUAAAGUUAUAUUUAGUGAUUGCUUUUACACUCUACCUUGCUGCUUCUCUGUGUUAUUGGUUGUUAAUGGCGACCGUGGGAACGGUGGUUGUUGUUGAGCUGCUCUCCACUGUUGCUCUAGUGUUUCAAGUUGUAUUUUUGGGGAGGUUUUAUUUAUUUAUUUAUUUGCUGUUGUGAAGCUACAGUGUUUACAGAGAUUCCUGGACAAGCUGUCUGAUUUGGGAGACAAACAGAAUGUAGUAAUAGAUACACGCAAUGUACUAACAUAGCGAAAAUAUAAGGAAAUCAACCACUACAGUAAGGCAGAGUGGGGGAAGUUGAGCCACCCUUCGUUUCUAGGAAACCAGGCACAACAUUAAUCAUGUGAGCAGAUAUUUAGGAAGAGGACAUCAUUUCAUGGAGUCUGUGAAGGAAGAAACCACAGAGAAAAAGAAAGUUAGUUCCAAAAAAAAAAAUGAUUUUCACAAAGUCAAAUAUAUUGUCUGAAAGGUUUCAUGAUGCUUUGAUCUAAACCAAGGUUUGAAGACGUUUAUACAUCUGUUGGGGUCUCUAUAAGUUUCAAUAUGAGGUCCUUAAUCUGCAUGAAAAUGCAUCCUUGUAGCUGUGGGGGCUAAUAAAGACUAAAUGUUUGCCUUGGGGUAAAUUGAGCCAAUGGCCACUAUACCCCCAUUCAAAUGAUGAUUGCAUUUGGUCAGUUUUAUGCGUAGUAUUCCUGCAGUGUGUCUUACAUAUGAACUCAACAUUGUUACAGAGCAGACAUCAUCAUGCCCUGUGUAUACAAACAUAAAACAGGCUCUGGAGAGAAGCCAAGGAAGUGAGAGAAGGGAUGAAGUCCAUUUGAACAGCAACAAGGGAUGAACAAAUAGACUGAAUGACACUAAAGAGGUACAUUAACAAAAAAGACUAUUAACAUGUAUCUGUGUGAAAGGGAGGCUAUGAUAGAGUAGCAGAGACACACCAGGUCUUAUCUGAUGACAUGGAGUCUCAGCUUGAUAAGGAGAGGCUAUGAUAGAGUAGCAGAGACACACCAGGUCUUAUCUGAUGACAUGGAGUCUCAGCUUGAUAAAGAGAGGCUAUGAUAGAGUAGCAGAGACACACCAGGUCCUAUCUGAUGACAUGGAGUCUCAGCUUGAUAAAGAGAGGCUAUGAUAGAGUAGCAGAGACACACCAGGUCUUAUCUGAUGACAUGGAGUCUCAGCUUGAUAAACAUAUCAAGAAUCUCACAGACCCGUUUCAUGGGCUUUAGUAGCCUUUAAUGUAGAGAACUGCCUACGAAACAACCUCCCUUUCCCAGACAACUGGUCGACAAAUGGAAGGGUAAGUGAUAUUGAAAAGAUAGAUCUAUAUCUUAAUGUACACCCCCAUUCCAUGAAUUAAACUUUGACCUACCAGCACUAUCACCCACGGUCACAGGACAUCAUUACCCACGGUCACAGGACACCAUCACCCACGGUCACAGGACAUCAUUACCCACGGUCACAGGACACCAUCACCCACGGUCACAGGACAUCAUUACCCACGGUCACAGGACACCAACACCCACUGUCACAGGACACCAUUACCCACGGUCACAGGACACCAUCACCCACUGUCACAGGACACCAUCACCCCCUGUCACAGGACAC